CCACUUGUCUUUGAUCCAAGACCAACUAAUUCAUAGAUUUGACAUAAUCUCCCUCAACUUCAAAAGAUUAUAGCUCAUUGAACCGUUAGGACCAGGGAGUAACACUUGUCCAUCUGACCCUUCAAAGAAUAGCUUCUUCCUUGUUGGAGACAGUCACUUUCUGUAAGUUUCUGAAUGAUUUACUAGAGUGAUAAGGAGAUCUGUGACUUUAUUGUACUUGAAUGUUAGUGCUUGCUGGGAACAUAACAAUUCGUAUCACAUCUUUAUAAAAAAAUUUAGAUACUCAUUAACUUUAUGCUGAUAGAAUGGAAAAUGAUAAAUCGCCUGUUUUUAUAUAGUGCUUUAUUGAGUAACAAGGCCCCAAAAGUGCUUCAAACUAUUCAGUCAUUCACACAGUCACAUGCUGACAUUGAUGAGCUACAAUGUAACCCCAGCUGCCAUGGAGCAGGCUGACAGAAGCUGGGCUAUCAUACAAUUGGUAAUGUAAAUGCCUUGUGCAAGGCAUUUAAAGAUAAUAAAUUACAUUUUAUCCAAAUGUGCAAUACAUUAUUACAAAUAAUUACCCAUAGCAUUGGACAUCAAUAAACAGAACCAAACUUGAUCUCAAUGCUGUUAACGGUUUCUUAAGAAACUUUAUUGUCUAUAUAUCUGCCUCAGAACAUUGUCAAAAUUGUAGUGGUUUAGAAGCCUCUUCAUAAUUCAAUUCAGUUUAUCUACACUGUAAAGCCAAAUGAUUUAAAAAAUCUCCAAAGUUCUGAGGCAAUCAAUUGCCUUAAAAUUAGCAACUUCUGGCAAAGUUGAAACCUGCUUUUUUCUUCUUUUUUUUGCCUUGAAAGAUAAAUGUGCACCAGAAUCACAUGCAAUCAUUGGUUGAUAUCUGGCUGGUAUUGUUUUCAAAAUAUUUCUUAAGGUUUGAGUAGCAUGAGAGACUCUUGAAGAAGCAGUGCUUGACUUGCAUGGUCCAAACAUGCAGGAUUGGCCCAGAGACCUUAAGUGAAGGAUAAUGUGCCACAUAAUGAUGCUUAGGAUGGAGCCUAACAUCAGGGACAACCUCUUGGAGUACCUGCCUAUGAUCACUGAUUCUGCACAGAAAAUUGUUUAAGGUUUCAUGGGUGAAUGAUGGACAUAAAGCUAACUCUAACACAUCUUUCAGCUCUAUUAAACUUGUCCAUGCACCAUCACUCUUUGAUACUACACUGCAUACCAGCAACGGAGGUAGUUGAAUUGCCUCCUAUUGUUCCUCAAGAAAGAAAUGUUUUGAAAUUGAGGUGUAUCCACUUUAUCAGUGUCCUGAUAUAAAAUGUUGAAAUCUUUUGGUUUAAAUAGUCUAGAAUUAGGUAUUUAGCCAAAUCAUCUAAUUAUUGACAAAUUAUUGACUAACAUAUAUCAGAUACGUAAUGAAUUUGCCAGUCACUCCUUUUCCCCCAGAAAACGUUGUAUGCCAGGAAAAGGAACAGGGUCAAUACUGAUGUUUUAUUGUCUACGGUAAAUGUUUCAUGAAGACUCAUUUAAUUUUCUGUCCUCAUAAAAAAUAUUGUGGGCGUGUAGCCUUUAUAAAGGCAUUGGCCUUCUACCAUCCUCAAUUCAUAGCUGACUGGGAACUGAACAUUUACUCAUCUCCACCUGAGAGAGGAAAAGAAGUUAUUCAUCACCAUGAAGCACAUCUUGCUCCUUUCGAUUCUUGUGUGCGCUGCAUUUUCAGCUCCUGCUGAAGAACAACAAGAGCCUCAAGAAACAGCAGUGGAUGUCCAAACCGAGGAAAUGGCUCCUGAACUGGGUCCUGCUGCUCGUUUUAACUUUUGUCCAGAUGGUUGGUUCUCGUUUGAAAACCAAUGCUUUAAGUUCAUCAACACUCCCAUGAACUGGUUCAAUGCUGAGGAGCACUGCAACAAUCUUGGUGGGCAUCUGGCUUCAGUCUCCAAUCCAAGACAGUACAAUUACCUCCAACAGUUGACACAAACAGCUGGUCAGAGCAUUGCAUGGCUGGGAGGUUUCAGGCUGCAGAACCAGUGGCUGUGGAUCAAUCGUGAGGGAUUCUACUACACCAACUGGCAGAGUCAAUCAUCCUCCAGUAGCUACCCCUGCCUCUACUUACGCUCUGCCGGUGGUUGGGGUAAUACACAGUGUACCUCAGGAUAUCGUUUCAUUUGCUCCAAGAAUCCAUUUGGCUGUUAAUAUAGAUGCUCCAUAUCUGCAGUCUACGGAUGGUCCAGCUGAGAUGCCUGCUUGUUUGCAUUCAGAUUAACCUUGUUGUAAUUGCAACAGAACUGACUGAAUAGUAAUUUUUUCUGCCAAACUGUUGGGAAUGAAGAAAAAUUGUGCCUUUUUUGAAUAAAC